CAUUCAACGUCGAUAACGAGGAUUUUUCUUCAGUGGAUGCGUGCAAAUGUCAUAAACUGUCAAAUUGGUUUUUGUUGGAUGUCAACAUUUUUGUUUUCAUUGAAUGCGACGAAAAAAAAUUGGAUAUUAAAUUAUGUUCUCGCACCUUUGCCGGGCCUGUAUGGUCGAACUGGAUCAACUAGACCAGUCGCAGACUGUCCCACUGUUCGAGCUAUAUCAAGAUGUGUAUUUGAAUGAAAUUUGCAAUGCAAUGAAUUUACCGAUGAGCGAGAAUGACGAUUUAGGAGAAAAUGUUUGCAAAAAAUGCGCCCGGACCAUGAAACAAUUCCACACUUUCCAUUCGAUGUACAUGAAAUCCAAUCGAAAGCUGCGUAGAAUGCUUGAUUCGAAAUCCGCUCCUGUCGACAGUUUGGUACACACCAGUUUGGAUAUCAUCGACUUGAAACACAGAUGCAAAAAGUGUUCGGCCUGCUUCAAAACGAGAAUGCUGCUGCGACAGCAUGUCAAAGCAGUCCAUAGAAACGAUCGCAGCAAUAAUUUUGCCAAUACAGAAUGUAGCACAAAUUCAGACGGCGUACAGCCUCGGUGGAAGUGUUCCUAUUGUACAUUGCGUUUCCAAACCAGAGACUUAAAGAACGUGCAUCAGAAGAAGUGUCGUCAGCUGAAUGCUUCGAGAGGCUUAAACGAAACGAUGGACAUAAAAGAGAACGAGUUUGUCGACUACAACAAUUUUGACAUAAGUGAAUGCCAUUCUGGUAGUGAGACGAACAACGACUUUGAAGAUGACUACUCAUUAACAGACAAGGAAUCGAAAUACAAAGUCGAUUUGGAGGGAAUGAACUAUGCUGAUGAGCCACUAAAGUGCAACGAUAGUAAUCAGCAUUCGGAUGGAGUCGACAGUAAAUUGUUUGCUAACGUUCAAAUCAAGCAGGAGCAGUUGGAAGUCGAAAUGCUGCAAUUGAAGACUGAAAAUCAAGAAAAUCCAGAACAUCACAACAGUGCACUGACCACUCCACAACAAACUGGAAGCUAUCGGUGGAAAUGCGUUACUUGCUGGCAUGCAUUCGAAACUCGUGAACUGUUACGAAUACAUCGCCGCAGUCAUACGGGCACACGGAAACUAACACCGACCUUACGCUCAGGAUGGAAUUGUACAAUAUGCGAUGCAGUUUUAUCAUCUCGUGCCAACUUGCAGUUACAUAAAAACAUCAAUCAUCCGAAUGCGAAACGGGAGCGGCGAUGCAAUGACGAAACGAAAAAUUGGGGAGAUGUCGGCCAAUACGACUGUGAAUUGUGCAACAAAACGUUCAUCUCCAAAUCGAAGAUACGCAAGCACAUGGACGUGCACAAAAAUAAGGAUCGGCCGAAGCGUCUCUGCACCAUUUGUGGCCUCGAACUGUGCUCCACAUACAAUCUGAAUAAUCACAUUCGGACGGUGCACGGUCGAGAAAGGAAAUUCCAUUGCACAAUAUGCGAUCGACGCUUUAGUCACAGCCAUCAUUUAAAGACCCAUAUGAAUCGUCACGAAAAUAUCCGACCUUUCCGUUGCGAACAAUGUGUCAAAUCGUUUUUCGACAAGACGACGCUGCGCGAACAUAUCAAAUCGGUACACUUGAACCUGAAGGCUUACGCUUGUAAGAUAUGUGCGAGAAGGUUUAACCGUAGCGGUAAUAUGCGAGCACAUAUGCUGAAGACACAUAAUCUGGGAGACAUUGGAGAUGUAAAUCGGUCAUUGGGUAUAGGCAGUUCGAUGAAUGAGCCGAUUGCAGACGAAUCUGAUACGGAUUUUUCGCAGCGCCCUUUUGUGAGUAGUAUGGUUGAGCCAUUUCGUUCAAUGAUAGUCAAAUCAUCAGAUUAAGGGAGUUUGAAGUCUUGUGGUUUGGGAAAUGUUUCCGCAGGAGCAACGAGCAACGAUUACAUAAAAUCCAGGGAUGUCACAACGAACCAAUAUUAUGCCUGAGAACAAAAAAAAAUAAUUUCUGUAAAGGUAGGAUUCCAAUUUUUGUUUAUGUUGUUAAAUCCAGCUGGGUAAAUAGUGUUUGUAGAGCCAUAUACGGAUCAAUUAAAUGUGAGAUAAAAAACA